AUGCUCGUCCGACCCAGCCCCCCUGUCCGACCCAGGCCGUCCGUCUGUCCUUAUUCCCGCGAACCGUACUACCCCUCCAUCGCUCUCGUUCUUGCUCAGAACGGCAGCGAGCGUCCCGAAGACAAGUACCGUCCCAGGCGCGCAGCUCGUCGUCACCGCUGCGUCCGCAAGCCGCCUCCUGAAGAUGAAGGUCGGGGGCGACAGCCUUUAUCCUUUGCGCGCUCAGAGGACGUGAAGCCGGGGACUACGAAGUCCUCGAAUGGCGAAGAUGACUUCCUCAUGCGAACCAUGGUGUUCCUCGACGAGGACCCGUGGGCGCCCCAGGCGAAUGAGCUUCAAGAGGCACUCGGCCAAGGGCGCAAUGCCUCUGGCCGCCUGCAGAAAAUCAAGCGCUUCUCCACCCUAGUCAUUGACCUCGCGCUGCGCAAGGCGCGAGCCUACUCGCAAAAGCUUCGCAAAGCUCCACCAUCAUAG